AUGGCCAAUAGGUUUGCUCAAACCGGCGAUGGAAAAGCCCCAACGUUCUUCAUUCCUGCUUCGUACAAAGGACAUCAAAUUAGUAAACCGACCAUCAGUCCACCAAAAACCGCUGGUCCUCUUUCAGGCAAUCAUGUGACCAGCCCAACCAAGAGACUUGAAUCAGGACAAUCCAUCGACUCUAAUAGUAUGCUGAACCCCGGGACGACCGGAAUCAAUACAUUCAGUCAAAUUAACAAUAACUCCAAUACUAACAAUAAAAGUGCAAACGUGAAUAACGCGCCCCGACCUGGAGCAAAACCGGGGGAAUCACAGCAGUCUGCUUAUCUGCUAGCAUCUCCCAGUGGUGUACUGGAUCUUUCACUGUAUAAUUUCGUCCCGGCACAGAACAAGAAUAAUACCACUACAACCAAGGCGGCCAAUGGAAAGUCCGGGAAUGGUCAAAUGAACGGUACAAAUACGAACGGUUUGGGCGAGGACAACGCGGAAACCCUGGACCUGGUCGACGGUGGCGAGGUUUCAGUUGUACCCAAGGAGAAAAAACGACGACGAUUUCGUCGACCGCGACGGAAUAGCAAAUUAGACAAACUGAUCCGACUGCUGGAGGACAAGCGGGUCGGAGAUGAUGAUGAAAAUGCAGAGGAGCUGGAAGACCUCCAAAUGCCACGGUUGCGGAAAGUGCUCAACAUCAUUUUUGUUACACUCGGAGUGUGUUUCCUGCUGGCAGUGAUUAUUGUGAUCAUGUACACAACUAUUGCCACGUGA